GAAACCGGAAAUGAAAUUAAAUUACUCAAAGAAAAAAAAUUCAUUCGAGAUGAUGUCCGAAAGUUAAGAUCUCUAGAUUCUAAGACUCUAUUUUCUUAAAAUUAAUCUUGAUUUAGAUUUAACGACUGUGCAGAAAUGGCAACAAUACUAUCAUAGAAAUAGAGCUAUUAUUGAUAUUGAGUCUAGAGUAGAGUGCUAGAUUCUAGUUAUCUAGAUCUACGUUUAAUAAAAUUAUCAUCAUGUUUAUAAAAUGACAUCGCUUUCUGCUCACGAAGAUGAGAACUCCUUGAGAAAAAAUCCACUUGGUAACAUUCAUAUUAAUAAGCCUCUUGCUCCUCGAUCACCGGAGAAGCCUCCAGUUGCAGCUAAGCCUAAGCUCGCUCCUCCCCCUCCCCCAAAACCUUUAUCUUUGUCCCCUCAAACAUCUAAGGUUGCUAUUCCACAAACCUUGCCAAAUCACAGCAACAACUAUCCAAAAGCUUUACUGGCUAAUGAAACAUUUAUUACUCCACCAGACAGACCAAUAAACGGCAUUCUGCCUGAGAAUUCAUUAUCCAAAUUACAAAAUGAACUUGAGAAUGACUGCAUCAACACAUCACCUCAAAAGCCCCCUCUUCCCACAUCCCCACCUCGAGUACCCAGCAGGGGAUCACUGUCCCCCUCAUCGUCUUCCUCCUUGCCAGCUAGCUUUCGUAGAAAAAAAACUAGUAGCACUGCUUUACUUUCAGCACAGAGCCAGACGCAAGUUUGUAAAGAGUUCCCCUCCCCAACCUCAUGUUCCUCCAUCUCAUCCACACCUCAUUCAGACCAGGAAACUAUAUCUGCCAAAGUACCACCAAGCAUUCUUCCUAAACCUAAGGUGACAAGACUGAGACAUCCUGAGUCAUCAGCUAGUAUACAUUUAGUGAGCUCUGUGACACACACAGAUAACACAUUUAGCCAUUCAGCAGCCACUAAUGGCAGCACACUAGGAGACCAAGGAACUCUAGAUUCAGAGUCUUAUGACUUAACUUCUCAGUCGUCAGCACUUUCCAAGUCUGAUGCUACGACAGAACAAUUGCGACCCACUGAUUCAAAUGUAGUUUCAGUAUAUGCUGAAGAUGAUAAAAAAGCAACCAUUUCCUUAACAAAAGCUACCCAACUAGUCCUAACCCCUCCCAUCCUCAACACAGAAUCACCACUAGAAACUGCCACACAGCCUGUAAAUACAUCAGCUUCCAAGACUCAAGUUAAUGCCAAAGCUGGUCCUCCACCACUACCUAAGAACCCACCGAGAGGUAAUAUUCCUAGAAAGCCCAGAAAUUCAAGCAGCAACAGAACACCUACAUCAGACACCAGACCAGCAUUUCCCGCCACAUCUCCACCAGUAGAGGGGACAUUGACAUUGCAAGGAGAAACUGUGCAUUUUUCAAAAUCAUUAGAUGAGUCGCCAACAAGCUGUGUAACUAGUGUUGGUGAUAUUCUAACUGUGCAGAAGAGUGGCUGUGCACCAGAAAUUCCAAAGACUGCACCCAAACCUCGACCCAGGACCAAAGUAAGCUCAGAAAUCCCAAAAACAGAACAUCCAGUUCAAGAUCAGAACUUAGAAGCUACUUCUAUCAGCAGUACUGAUUUAACUCAUCCUGGCAAAGAUAAGGUGGAGCAUAUACCAGUGGAGCUAGAAUAUGUAGAGGUCUACAGAGGUGAUACUGAGGAUCUUACUUCUUCAUUGAAUAAAGUUGUUAACGUCAUACCUUCUGAGAGCACUGCUACCAAUUAUUCAAAAAUAAACUCUGGGAAUAGUGCAAUAUCUGAAAGUGGUGCACAGGACCACAUUGGUACAGAGUUAUCCUGUACCCACUUGGACAACUUCAGUAGUUUAAGAGAAGAGGUAAAAGAUGAUCUUGAGACCACAUGUGGUAUGCUCAAAGAAAUUGAAGAGCUACUCAAGACUAAAUUAGGGGAAGAUUUAAAACUUGAUGCAGAAACUGCGGGCUUCUCAUUAACUGAGACAGUUGAAACUGUUGAUGGUGGAUCAUCCUCUUCCACUAGUCCAGUUCGACCUCCCAGACCCAAACACAAAGCCAAUAUUGUCAGGCAUAUUGGAAGCCUUGAAUCUCUCACAGGCUCUAUAGACAGUUCUAGCACAGAGUGCCUCUCCACUGCUGGUCUUCCUACCACUGGAAAAAAAAUACCCCCUAAGCCCAAGCGCAGUUUUUUGAGCCGUAUCAAUCGCAGUCACUCUGAUGCAAGUGAUAUAAAAAGUGUCGACUCUGAUCUUGUGUGCUCCCUGGCUCCAGUUGAUAAACCAUAUCUUCCACCCAGAUCAGACUCAUUGAGGAGAAGUGAGUCUCUAAAUUCUACAACUCCACCACCUCUGCCUCCAAGAAAUAAACCGCAUACUUCUACAAAUUUAACAGUUGAAGUUCAUUCCGACUCAGAGACAUCAUCAUCUGCGAUGUAUCAAGAAGGUGCUUCUGACUCGUCAAACCAGUCCAACAAUUCCGGGACUUUGAGAAGGUCAGAUAAACCGAUUCCCAAGAGGCAGGCUCCCCCUCCACCACCAGGACCACCCAAACGCUCCUCAACAUUUAGCCCUGGCGAUGCCAGAAUACAAAUCAAAGAUGCGGGCACCCAAGGACAAGGAAAUGUUAAUGUGCACAAUUUAUCUAUUGAUAAAAGGAAAUCUCAUAGGCGGCUCAGCAUUCCUGAUUCACAGGAACAAGUGUAUCAUGAAAUUGCAGACCAUAUGAGGACAAAGCAUGAGGAAAGCCCUCCACCAGAACUUCCCCCGCGUUCUAGUCAGGUUUACUUAGUGAAGAAAAGCGCAAGAACUGAGACCAAAGAUGAGAAGCAUGCUGGGAAAAUUCCAUUGCUUAAAGUUCUCAGUCCUGAGGAUCAAAAAAAUCGAGAAAAGAAGGCCAAAAAUGCUUUGGUGCAGAAAGUUACGCAGAGUCUUGGAUUAGGUAAAAUUACCAAGAAAAGUAAAUCUUCAGACAACACAAAUGAUUCCAUUAGCUCCAGGAAUUCUAGUUUUGAUAGAAAGAUUAAUCCCACCCCUGAGCCAAGUGUGGCACUUGAAGCUUCUGUCGCUCCAAAAUCUGCCUCAGUUACAGCUUCAGUCAUUGAGGAAGAGCAAACCAAUAUUAUAGUUAAACAAAGUACUGAGCUGGCCCCUGACUCUUCUGCCGGUUCAUCUGAACGACCAUUAUCAGUCAUUAGUCAGCACAGCUCCAUAAGUGGAGAUGGGGAGCAACAAGUACUAGAAGAGACUCCUACAAGUUCUGACAGUGAAUCAGAGCCAGAGCCUGAUAAAGAAGAAAUAUAUGCUCAACGAAAGGCCAAGAAAGUGUUCUUCAUAGCCAAAGAGAUCAUGUCGUCAGAACAUAAUUUUGUUGAUGUGCUUAAAUUGCUCAAUUUGGAUUUUCGUGUUCAUAUUUCAAAAGCCACAGAAAAGCUAGGUCAACCUGUUAUACCCACUGAUAUUCUAAAUAAAAUCUUGGAUUUAUUGCCACAGUUACUUACCUUCAAUGAAGAUUUGCUAAAAGAUAUCACAGAGCGUGUGGAAAAAUGGGAUGUGAAUCCCAAAAUUUCAGAUAUAUUUGUCAAGAAGGGCCCAUUUUUAAAACUGUAUUCCACCUACAUCGGCAAAUUUGAGAAUGCCACAGAGCUUCUUGAAAGUGCAACAAAAAAAUAUCCUGCAUUCAUGGCUGCUUUAAAGGAAUUUGAAAUGAGUCCAAGAUGUGCCAAUUUAGCAUUAAAACACUACAUGUUGAAACCUAUACAGAGAAUACCUCAGUACAAGCUACUCCUUCAAGAUUACCUCAAAAAUUUGAGCCCUGCAUCCAACGACUAUAAAGAUACAGUCACCGCAUUAAACAUCGUGAGUGAGGUGGCAGAUCAUGCUAAUGAGAGCAUGAGACAAGGGGACAAUGUCCAGAAUUUGUUGGAAGUUCAAAGGUCAUUGGUGGGUCAGUGGGAGGUUAUACAACCUGGCAGAGUUUUAAUUAAAAAGGGUGAAUUGCAGAAGCUUUCCAGGAAAGAGAUGCAGCCAAGGAUGUUUAUAUUAUUUAAUGAUGUACUGCUUCACACAACUGCAACAGCCACUGGCUACAAGAUUAACAACAUCUUACCUCUGACUGGCAUGAGGGUUAGUUCACCUAAGCUAGAAGUGUACAAGUUUGAAUUCAACAUUAUCUGUGUCCAGCGUUCUUUCACACUCAGUGCAAGUUCAUCCAAAGAGAAAGAGGAAUGGGUAACUGCUCUACAAACAGCUAUAGACACCAAUGCCAAAAAGCAUCACACUUUUGAGGCCUUCAAGCCUGGCCCUCAGACGUCUCUACAUGAUAAAGACUUUGUAUUGGGGUCCAAAGCCCCUCUGUGGGUUCCCGAUGGCAGGGUCACCAUGUGCAUGCUGUGUCUCGUAGAGUUCACCCUGACGUGGAGGAGACAUCACUGUCGAUCUUGUGGCAGGAUUGUCUGCUCCCAGUGCUCUGACAACAAGGCACCACUGCGUUACCUGAAAGAUAAACCUGCUAGAGUCUGUGAUAAAUGUUUUGACACAUUGAAGGAAGCUCUGGAGAAGGAGAUAGAACAAAGAAAAGUGCAUAGUACUAGGUUGUCACUGUCCCAGCCAUCAGACAGUCCAGGCUCACCCACCUCCUUAGACAGCACUGAUGCCAUCACAAUAGAAGUAGCACCUCAACAUGACCCCACUGUACAAAAUCUAAAUGAGCUUCUGCAAAGAUUCCAGAAAAUUAGAGUCAGUAACAGGAAGGCUAACACACCCAGCAGACCUUCUGUUCUCAAAGAAGUUCAGGCUAAUGAUGAAGGCUCAGAUAUAAGUGGCUAUCUUCGAGCUUAUAAAUCACGCAAGUGGAAGAAGCUUUGGUUUGUGUUAAAAGGCAAAGUGUUGUACACUUACAAGGCUAGUGAGGACAUGGCUGCUGUGGAAAGUAUGCCACUGCUGGGUUAUGAAGUCACACGACUAACCACGUCAUUUGAAGGAGCAGACGCUGACCAAUUGUUUGAACUGACUCACCAAAACAAACAACCUGUUUCUAAAAGUAGAGCAGAAAAAACAACUCAAAGGCUAAUCUUUAGAACUGACAACGAGGCUGAUACAAUCAAAUGGGUCAACAUGCUAGCAGAAGCAGCAGCAACUCCUUUUACGUAGAACAAAUUGAAGAAAGAUACCAAUGUCUAUUUACUUCACACAAAUUGAAGAAAGAGGCAAAUUUGUAUUCUAUAUUUUUUUUAAAAGCAAGAUCACUGUACUAAUUUAUUUACAUCAAGACCUUUUGACUUGGAAUGGAACAAAAAAAAUGAACAAAAUAACUAUAAAAAUAAAUGCAUUGAAACAAUGUUUCAUAUCUUUAAACAAAUUUAACUACAGGCCAUUCCCAUGCAACCACCAGCGUUUUUGUAUCACAAAUUCAAUUAUUUGGUAGAGCUUGCUUUCCUUUGAUGAUUUGUUUUCAAUUAAAUUUUUUUAACCAUAUCUAGUUGUUUUUUUACCUUUGAGUAAAUAAUAAAUAUAGAAAUAUAUAUACAGUAUGCAAAAUUAUUUAUAGCUAACCUUUUAGUGUUUCACCCUGCUAAAGUUCCUACGGGUUUGAAAGCAUAAUUUUGUAUUUGAGUCUGAUGGAAAGUGAUCAAAUUUUUUAAUCACACUCAGUUGCAUCAUUUAAGUCAUUGAUGCCCAAAUUGCAUGGCCAGCGACAUGGUUUCAUCUGGGCCGCCGAAAUGUCAACAUAAAUUGUAGAAAAAAAUAAGUUGAACAAUGUAUCUUUCCCUAUGUUAGGAUCUUACUUUUUCUCUGAUGUAUUGGUAACCUGACUUUUAACAUUUGUGCGUUUAUAAAAUAAGAUUCUGGAUGUAAUGUAGAAUCUACCAGGAAAAGUGGGCAGAUCUUUACUUUUUUUUUGUGUGGAACAUGAUAAUAAGCCAACAUAUUUUUUUUAUAAGAAAACAUUAAACGUCACUAUUAAACCAAUAUGGCGACAUUCUUGGUUUGAGACGUAACUAAAAGUUUGUUACGCCUAGAAAUUGGAGAAUGUAUGAGAGCAUUUACCAAAAAGAGACAACAAUGAGUCGGUGGUAAAGCUCCAACGUUGCUCACAUUCUAAGUAGAGAAAUGAAGCCAGCUUCCAACAAUAUACUUCAAACUUGUCAUUAAUAAAUGUAAAUACUAGAUAAAUAAAUAAACUAUAGGUUUUAUACAGCGCUACUUUUAUGCUAAUAGCAUGCUCAGAGUGCUAUGGUCCAAUCUCAUUUGUGGAUUAGUGGGAGGAGGGGUGUAUCUCGGAGAAGCUUUUUACCUGCUGCCUUUUAGGUGCUCAGUAAACGCAACGCAGCUCGAGUCCCCUUUAUAGGUAGCCAAGCCAAGUUUCUUAUACUUUAAAGUCAAUUUCAUCUUGUUUUUGUAUCUUUAUGGUCAUGUGGCCCUCGACACGAGUGUCGGAUUAUAAAAUGUCCCGCAUGUUGAAAUACGUUGGGCAUCACUGAUUUAAGUAAUUCAACCUUUUUUCUUUUAUAAUUUUGUUCUAAUGACAUGUCUUUUCUGUACAAUUUCUUUUUAUAAUUUUCAUACAUCUAUGCAAGUUUUUAUCUAAAGAAUUUACAUUUACAUGAGUCUGGUGGCUUUGUUAACUCAAGCGUUCCACAUCGACAAGUCUACUUUUUCUUGCCUGCAAUAAGUUAUGUUUACAAAAUUCAUUUUACUCAUUUUAGCUGCAUAUAAUUAAAAUGGAAAAAUGCUUUAAAUAAUUUAUUUUGCGAAAAAUCCAUUUACAAGAUUUGUUUCGAAUUGUGUUUUUUUAAAGGACCUGGAAGCUUGCUUACAAAUGAUCUUUAUCUUAAUGGUACUCAUAGAAUGUGUCAACCAGUUACUGUCUCACUUAAAUUUGUGUGACUAUUGCAAUUCAGAACAUUCAAUUUGAUGAAAUCUAGAACAUGUAAACCAGGACACUUACAAUUGCAUUCAUAAUGGUGUACUUGCUACCUGAAAUCAGUUUGGGAAAUAACCUACAAUUGAUUUUUGGGGGACCACACAAUGCUGUGAGGCAUAGAAACAGUAAACAGUUUGCUGGUGCAUUCAACCAAGUUUCCAACUUGACACAAAACAUGUUCAAUGAGAAAUUGUUUCUUGUUGAUGUUUCUCGUCCCUUUGAAUCAUUUGCCUUAAAACCACUGACCCCUUUUUUAUCUCCCAUUUGUCAACGGCAGUGUUUUUUAUUGUAAAUUAAUUUCCAACAGUUUAUAGCCUUUUAAUGACAUAAUAUCCUCUACCUUUGUUCUUCAUUGUCUUCCUGUUUGAACUCUUUUAUUUAUACACUAACAAGCUGCUUGUAUACUCAACCCUCCAGUGCCUUUUAGACUUGAACAGCACUUGACAUUUUGUUUUGAAUACUUUGUACAAAUGCAAUAUACUGUAAAUAGUUGUUUUUAUUGUUCAAUUUUACACAUGGAAUAACUUUUUAAUACAGAAUUUUUUAUCCUCUGCUUUUUAUUUUCAUUUGUAUCAGUUGAGUUUGUUUUAAGUCAAUAUUUUGAGUGGAUCAUUUGAGAAGAACACAAGGGUCUUUAUUUAAUGCUCUGUUUAUACACUUGAAUAUCUCUGAUAUGUAAUCAUCACUGUAACAGCAUUUCUUAGUCAAUUUUUUCAACUGUGUAUAUUUUUUUUUUCUUCAUAAUACAAGCUUUUUUAUAUUGCUUUUUUUUGUGUGUGUCCAAGUAUAAAAACAAUAUAGUUUGAAUGAUAAAUUCUGCAAUAAAUGACAUUUGUCUUUUUUUAUUGCCACCUAUAAAAGUAUUAUUGUAUUGAACAAUUUUUGUUAUUCCAUUGAAUUUUAAAGUGCUGUGAAACACAAAACAUUCAUCCUUCCUUAUGUACAGUUUUAUUGAGAAUUGUUUCAUUGCAAUAUCUAUUAUUUUGGUGAAACUUUUUUUCAUACCUGUUGCUUUUAAACUAAUUUUUCCAAAUAUAGAAGUACUUUUGUAUUAUUCAGAUUGUAUCAUUCAUUAUUGUGUAUGUUUAUUAAAGUUUUGUGAAACUUUUUACAAAGUCUGUUAGGUUUAGAAGCUCUAAUCUCUACAGUAGUGCCUAAAAUCAAGCUAAAGUUUUUUUUAAUUCAUUUACUUUAGCUUUAAUUAUGUCCUUACUCUAAAAAUGUACUAUCAGGUUUUCAUUAGCUCCCAUUUGUUGACUUGAUCAAUGGUCUGCAUAAGUUCCAUUCACACUGGCUUGUAUUCUAAUUGAAAUGAUUAAGUGGACUAACAUUGUCUGAUUUAAUUCAGAGCACAAAUAUUGUAGUCAGGCUGUAAAGAUGAAACAUUUAUGCUGAUAGACUCUGACUUGGAUUCUGUGUCUUUUUAAUUAGUUCAACACCUCAUGUCAUUUUAAUGUAAAUAUCAUUCAUUAAUUAGCAUUUGGAUUUUUUUUUUUAAUGGAUCAUAAUGUAAAAACUCCUGAUCCUUUUGUUUUUCUGUAACAUAGUACUAAUAAUAUAUUUGUACACAAAAAUAAUACUAAAACAAAAGACUGCGAACAAAAGAAUAAAUCAAUAGAGAGGACAUAUUGUUUUGUUUCAAGAAGUGCAAUAUAUACAGCCUAACAUAUUCUUGAGCUAGUUUGUAGUUUAUAUUUUACUUUUGCAAUAAAUACUGUUUAUAUAUAUUCUUUUUAACCAUAUGCUGGCCCUAACAUGAGUGCCUAAUAUGGUCAUUUCAUGAUUAGCACAAUGCCUUUAAAUAAGUGGUAUAGAGUGUGUAUUUUUUGUAGUUAGGAUACAGUGAGCAUAGAGUUUUAAAAUUAUUUUUUAUUAAACAUUACAUGGUUAAACAAACUAGUUAGUGUACACAGAGCAUCUAAAACAAAGACCUAGUUCCAUCAAUUUGUAUUUCAUGAUAAAGAACAGAAAACUUCCACCAAUAAUGUACCAUUGUGUUAGACCAAUUGACUUUCAAUGCAUUCAAAAUGUUUUGCUCUCAUUGACAUAGACAAUUUAUUUACUAUUUCCACUGUAACUUUUAAUAAGCAUUUUGAAUUAAUUUUGUUUUCAAAUAUUUUAUUCCUAGUGUUUUAAGUACUCUGUAGUGUUAACAUUUUAGCAUUGAAUCAAAAUGAAUGUAUAUUGUUGCUCAAUUAUUAUGCGAGUGUGAACCCAUUUAUGUGGCUGCCAUGUUUAAAAGAUCAUCCCAAAAAUAUUAGUGGAAAAAAAAAUUCUUCUAAUACGACCCUCCUUGUUUUUUUUCUUACUGUUUCAAUUCAAGUGCUGACUAUGAGAUGCUAACAUUGUGAGAUGCUAACAUUAUGAGAUGCUAACAUUGUGAGAUGCUAACAUUGUGAAAACAUGUCCUGCUGAUUGUGUUUGUAUCCACCAAGAAGUGCACAAUGCAAUCUACUGUAUAAAUAUACAAUCACUUUGUUUGGAAAGAAAUUUUUGCUUUUAUUUCUUUGCUGGUGUGUCUUAGUGAUGGUAGUGUCUAAAAAGGUUUUUACAUUGAA